AUGGCAUUUUUGACCAAAAAAGUCAAAGACACGAAUAUCAUUGGAAUAGAUCUUGGCACGACCAACACUGUGGCUGCAAUGAUGAUAAAUGGAAUACCAUCAAUUAUUAGAAACAAAAAGAACAGAUCUACGACACCAUCAGUAGUCAAUCAGCAAAAUAAAAACAAGUUCAUAGUGGGAGAAGAUGCCAAAAAUCUACUUGAAAAGGAUCAGUACAACACAAUUCAUAGUUCAAAAAGACUGAUAGGAAGGAAAAUGGCUGAGAUCAGUACAUAUGCCAACACUCUGCCAUAUAAAACAACAGAAUCGUGCAAUGGUGACGUAUGGAUCAAAACGGAUUUUGGAAAGUUCUCACCAGCUCAAAUUGGUGCUAAAAUCCUUGGAUAUGUCAAGAAAUUCACUUCAGAAUGGCUCAAGGGGAAUAAAAAGGAUUCAGGUGUUCAAAGGGCUGUUGUAACAGUUCCAGCCUACUUCAAUGAUAUGCAAAGACAGGCGACAAAGGAUGCUGGAAGAAUAGCAGGACUCGAUGUGAUACGUGUCAUAAAUGAGCCAACUGCAGCAGCAUUGGCCUAUGGAUUGGAGAAGAAGACACGUGGAAAUGUGGCAGUCUACGACCUGGGUGGUGGUACAUUCGACAUCUCCAUUUUGGAACUUGAUAACGGCGUAUUUCACGUUAAGGCAACAAAUGGAGACACCUUUUUAGGUGGAGAGGACUUCGAUGGGGAGUUUCUGAAGUUUCUGGUCAAUGCAUUUCACCAAAGCGAAGGAAUUGAACUGAAGUCACCUAAUGCAUUGGUGAAGUUGAAGAAUGCAGCUGAGAAAGCAAAGAAGGAGUUGAGUCAGAAGACACAAACUAAAAUAGUGGUAGAAAACAUAAUAGAUGGCGUAGAUUUCGAUCUAAAUGUAAGCAGAAAUCAGCUUGAAUCAGUAAUAAAGAGAGUGGCGAAUAGGACAAUAGAACCAUGUAAGACAGCAUUGAGAGAUGCUGGAUUACAGAAUAAGGACAUCAAUAAGGUCGUUCUAGUUGGAGGAAUGACUAGAAUGCCAUAUAUCCGGAGUCUGGUCCAGGAUAUUUUUGGAAUAGUUCCGUCACAUGACAUAAAUCCAGACGAAGCCGUGGCAAAGGGUGCGGCAAUUCAGGCAGGAAUACUGAGCGGAGACGUAAAGGAUGCCGUACUGCUUGAUGUGAUACCACUGAGUCUCGGAAUUGAGACUGUAGGAGGAGUAUUCAGCAAAAUGGUUGAAAAGAAUACCACAAUACCAUUCAAACAGGAAGAGACAUUCACUACAUCCAAAGAUGGACAAACAGAGGUGGAUAUUCGCAUAUAUCAAGGAGACAGGGCACUGGUCCGUGAGAAUAAGGAACUUGGUAAAAUUACUCUAAAAAAUAUUCCAAAAGCCAAGAAGGGUGAACCAAGAAUUAAGGUUAUUUUCACAGCAGAUGCAAAUGGCCUAUUGAGAGUGAAAGCAGAGGAUGAAAUCACCAAGAAAGCACAGGGUUUGGAAAUCAAGGCAUCUUCUGGGCUGGAAGAAUCAGAAAUAGAGAAAAUGAUACAAGAAGCUAAAGCAAAUGAGAUGCUUGACAAGAAACAGCUGCAGAUUACAGACUUCAAGAACAAAUACAGGGAUCGAAUUGAACAAUUUGAUAAACUCAAACUGAAGGAUGAUCUCAGGGUGGAAUUGAACAGAAUCAGAGACGAAUACUUGAACAAGGAUGAGUUUGAUAUUGAGAUAGGAAGAAGGGAUGUUGAAAGGUGGCUUAGUAAAUGUGUUUAA